UGAUAAUUUUAAUGAAUGCGUCGAACUGUUGGCCGAAUUUGCAUCUGCUGCAUCAUCUGCAUUAGAACAGGAUUCACCUCACGAGUCUUAUAUGCGAACACCAAGAACUCGUAUAUCCAAAACCCAAUCGGCUAUCAUUGAUAGGGCACGUAAAGCUGUCGAGUUGUUGUACAUUCUGUAUAAUCAGAUACCGAAAUUGCUAGUAGAGUCAGAAACACCCCCACGAGAAGCUUGGUCAACUUAUUGGCUUCCAAUACUUACCGGUCUUAGUCAGCAGUGUUAUAAUCCAUGCCGUGAAGUUAGGCAAUGUGCCAUCUCGUUCCUUCAACGAUCGUUACUUGACCCAGAGCUUGUAUCACAUGGUGUUACGGAAUGGGUGGUCAUCUUCGAUGUAGUACUGUUUCCAUUACUUGAUCAAUUGCUCAAACCUGAGAUUUUUCAAACUGACCCUACUAAUAUGGAAGAAACUAGAAUACGUGCUUCUGCAUUGAUAUGUAAAAUAUUUUUGCAUUAUUUAAAUAGACUAUCAGAAUGGGGUGGAUUAACUUCGUUAUGGUCGCAGAUUUUAGACGUAAUGGAACGUUAUAUGACAACUGGGAAUAAUGAGUCACUGCGUGAAGCGGUUCCUGAAUCGCUUAAAAAUAUGUUAUUGGUAAUGUCAACUUCAGGUGUUUUUAAUCCACCAGGAACAACUAAAAGCAGUGGUGGCAAAACAAUUGAACUAUGGGAUAUUACUUGGACUAAGAUAGACAAAUUUUUGCCCAAACUCAAAGAUGAACUUUUUCCAGAAACCCCAUCUAAUACAGA